AUGUUUCGUAGCCGGCUUUUGCAAAUCGCGCAGUUAAGCGCUGUUGGACUGACGGGAUUUUACUUAGGACAAAAUAAAGAUCAAUUUAGUAUUUUCUACAAUGACGAUACGAUUAUUAUUGAUGGGAAACGGUUAAGGAGUAUGCCUGGGCUUCCUGUCUUCGGUACGGUGUCGGCUGCAACUCCAUAUACAGAUUCUGCUGGCAGCAGUAAAGAUCGGGUAUCACAAAUAAUGAAGUUUGGCUUUCCUAGUCUGGACAACAUCAGAUCGUAUGACGACUUCAUCUUGUCUUAUGAUCGUAGAAACCGAGUACCAAACUGGGUGUUUGAGCACAUUACCGCAGAGCACAUAGCUAAGAAUGACCAGGUGGACAGAAGUAAAUGUGAAUUCCGACCUGAUGAGAGUAUACAUCCAUUCUUCAGAUCUCAGAACUCAGAUUAUAAAGGCUCCGGGUUUGACCGCGGUCAUAUGGCGGCCGCCGGCAACCACAGGCUCUCACAGAAACAUGUCGACCAAACAUUCUUCCUCACUAAUAUGGCACCACAGGUAGGAGAAGGCUUCAACAGGCAUGCAUGGAAUACUUUGGAGAGACAUGUGCGCAAACUGACCAGAGUCUACAGCAAUGUGUAUUGUUGCACGGGACCACUGUAUCUGCCUAGGAGAGAGUCGGAUGGUAAAUCAUAUAUUCGUUAUCAAGUGAUUGGUGCCAACACAGUGGCUGUGCCCACCCACUUCUAUAAGGUGGUAGUAGGGGAGAGCAAGGAUGGUACUUUAGACAUGGAAGCUUACGUCAUGCCCAACCAGAAGAUUCCUGAUGAGACACCCGUGUCUGCUUUCAUGGUGCCACCAGAGUCAAUCGAGAAAGCCGCAGGUCUCUUGUUCUUUGACAAGAUUCAUAGAAGUAAACUCAACAAAAUAAAUGGCAAAAAGGUAUAA